AACUUUUUGCUCAUUAUGAGGCACUGUAGGAUUACCACAAGUUCAUUUAUUUCUUCUGUAGGUUUGGGCUCUGCUCCUGUCAUCUCCGUGGAGGGACAUCAAGAUGGAGGGAUCCGGGUUAUAUAUCGAUCAACCGGAUGGUACCCAAAGCCCGAGGUUCUGUGGAGAGAUCUCCAGGGUCAGAACUUACCAUCAGCCUCUAAAAAGAUAUCCCAAGAGGCCAAUGGCCUCUUUCAAACAGUGGUUGCCACUGUUAUAACAGAGGAAUCCAACCAGAAAGUGUCCUGCUGUGUCAGGAACCCGCGACUCAAACAGGAGAGAGAGUCAGUGAUUUCCAUAGCAGAGCUGUUUUUCCCAAGGGUCAAUCCCUGGAUGGUGGCUCUGGGGGUGAUCCUGGGUCUCCUGGCUGUUCUCAUUGGCCUGGCCAGUUACUGCUUCUGGAGGCAACACAGAACAAAAGAAACGCUGCGAUCUGAACUGGAGAGUGAGAAAGACAAACUCCAGGCUGAGCUCAGGUGGAGACGCGCCCAGAUCUAUGCAGGUACUGUACAUACCACUGGUGUUUUAUCCAUGGUGAGACCCACCUCCCCUGGGAGCUCUCUGCAACUUUCCCUGCACAGAGCAUUUUCCUAUGACAUUCAAUAGGCUGGAAACAGCAAU